AUGGCAAAGGCGUUGUAUUCACCAGAAAUGAUUUUCAAUGCGGCAGUAGCAAUUGACGCAGACAAGAAUAGCCAGUUUGCUGUGAAAUGGGCGGUCGACCGCCUGAACUUGAAUGGUUUUAUCACCCUCCUCCAUGUCAAAACUCAACAGAAUUCCUCUCCUCAAGAAGAUGUUCCCAAAGAAGGACGUGCGCCUACGAAAGAUGAGCUGGCGAAGUUCUUUCUUCCAUAUCGUGGAUUUUGUGCUCGAAAAGGGGUUAGAGUACACGAGGUGGUUCUCCAUGACAUUGACGUUGCCAGAGCAAUAGCUGAAUACGUUAUUGAUAACUCCAUCAGCAUGAUUGUGCUCGGAGCUUCAUCUCGGAGUGCCCUAGCCAGGGCAUUCAGAGCUCAGGAUAUGCAAAGUCAAUUAAUCAAGUCCAUCCCAGAUUUUUGUGCAGUUUAUGUUGUAUCCAAGGUAAGAGCUCAGGCUGUUAAAUCAGCUACUCGAUCUCCCAAUGCAAGCAGCAUAGCCAGUUCCAGGCAGCAGCCUCAAGUAGGAUAUUUAUCAGAUACUCCAGGUUCCCAACAGCUUACAUGCAAGGGAAGCUGGAGAAGUGCAGGCUCUGAUAGAUCACACUCCGAUGGAGGUAGCCCUGCAGUAUACUCUGAUAAGAGUAGUAGAGACUUUGUGCCAAUGACUUCAAGGAGGGGGCAAAGCAAGAAUCGUUCACCUCAGUACCCCUCGCCUCAGCAUCCAUUAAGUAGUUCGGGAACUGAUUUUCUGCAUCUACCUCCAUUGGACCGGCAGCCCAACAGCAAAAAUAUUUCACCUCCAAAAACCGCAGAUUCUUUGCAAAUCUGUCUCUAUAACAGAAAUCCAGGCAGCAAAACACCAUCCAACCAGCUCUCAGGGAACAAUUUAAAUCUCCAUUUUCCAAUUCCAGGAAGUCCAUCCCAUUCCCUCUCUGGCUCCAGUGAUCGCUCAGAGCCACUAAGUUUUCAAUCAUCUAAUUUGUCCUUUGAGCUUCUAGACCAGUCACAUACGUCAGAUGCGUCCUGGACCUCCUCCUCUUCACAAGGCACAGGGGAACUAGAGGAGGAAAUAAAGAGAUUAAAACAGGAAUUAAAGCAAAGUAUGGAAAUGUAUAAUUCAGCAUGCAAAGAAGCACUGACAGCCAAAGGGAAGGUACAAUUCUGGGUUCAAAUCACUGUUCGUACCAUUUUCAUAAAAGCACAAAACCAUGUGACCUAUUAUUGUAUUAAUCAAGUUUGUUUUCAUUUCCAGGCAAGGGAGAUUGAUGAAUGGAAAUUGGAUGAGGCACGCAGAAUAGAAGGGUGCAGGCAAACCCGAGAGUUUGCAAUGAUUAUGGUGGAGACUGAAAAGCAUAAAUGCAAGGCAGCUAUUGAAGCAGCACAAAUGGCACAACGUCUUGCAGAAUUGGAGUCCCAAAAACGAAAGGAGGCAGAGAUGAAACUCCUGCACGAGGCAGAAGAGAAGAAGAAAGCUAUGGAUGCUUUAGCACACUGUGAUAUUAGAUACAGAAAAUACAGUAUUGAAGAAAUUGAAACUGCAACUGGUUAUUUCUCACCUUCAGAAAAAAUUGGUGAAGGUGGAUAUGGGCCUGUUUAUAAAGCCUAUCUUGAUCACACGGCUGUUGCUAUAAAGGUGUUGAGGUCAGAUAUUUCACAAGGGAAAAAGCAAUUCCAAAGAGAGGUUGAGGUGCUAAGCCACAUGAGACAUCCACACAUGGUUCUCCUUCUGGGUGCCUGCCCCGAGUAUGGGUGCCUUGUAUACGAAUAUAUGGAGAAUGGAAGCUUAGAAGACCGGCUUUUCUGCAGGAAUGGCAGCACUCCACUACCAUGGACCAUCCGUUUCAGAAUAGCAGCAGAGAUUGGCACGGCCCUUCUCUUCCUUCACCAAACAAGACCAGAGCCCAUCGUCCAUCGCGACCUUAAACCAGCCAAUAUCCUCUUAGACCGAAACUAUGUGAGCAAGAUUGGCGAUGUUGGCUUGUCCAGGCUAGUUCCACCGUCAGUGGCUGAUAGUGUUACUCAAUAUCAUAUGACUGCAGCAGCCGGUACAUUUUGCUACAUUGACCCAGAGUAUCAACAAACCGGGAUGCUAUGUACUAAAUCAGACAUUUAUUCCUUUGGUGUACUGCUGCUACAAAUCAUUACGGCAAGGACUGCCAUGGGUCUAACAUAUCAUGUAGAAGAGGCGAUUGAGCAUGGAUCAUUUCAAGAGACACUUGAUCCCAAAGUGGCUGAUUGGCCAGUUGAGGAUGCUCUGUCAUUUGCAAAAUUAGCUCUAAAGUGUUGUGAACUGCGGAGGAGAGACAGGCCAGACCUUGGCUCAGUCAUAUUGCCUGAACUGGAACGGCUCAGAGAUCUUGGAUCAGAUGCCAAAGCCGGAAGUGGGAAUGGGAACCUAGAUGAAGCCAUUCUUCAUAACCAAGUUUCCCAAGAAAGCAUACCUCUCAGCCAGGAGGCAAGCAGCAGCAAUUCUGAUGCUAAAAUGGAAAACUAAUGCAGAUACACUUUAAAAAAUGGAAGCACCUGAAUGCAACCUUGAAGAAUCUUCUGAGCUAGUUCUUCAAAAGUGGCUACCUGAUUAUUGCUUGUAUAGAUCAGAUACGCUUGGGCAUCUUGCCCUGUAGGACAUUUUUCUUUCUCUCUGCUUUUCCAUUUUGGGACAGUGUCCUGCAAUAAUCUAGACCUCGUAGUAACUAAUCUUGUGCAUGUGCACACUCCAAAUAUGGGGUGAGCCUGACAGGUGCACGUAAACCCUAGAAUAUUUGAACUCAAGACUCGAGUAAUAUAACCAACGUCUUGGAUAUCU